UCUAUGAUUUUUCAAUCAUUGUGCUUAGGAGCAUCAGAAGACAACACUAAGUCGAGACGAAAAAGAUCAUCGGAAUGAAGUUUACAUACAGCAGGGGACUGCUGUGGUUGUUGUUUUCCAUCUAUGCAGCUGUUAAUGGCGAUUGCGAUAAAGGAAUUACGUUGAUAAAGGAUCAACUAAAAACUUUGGAAAAAUCUGUUAACAUGGUAACCGACGGUUCCUGCUGCAGCCCAAAGCCGAAGCCGCCUUCAGCAUUCCAUGCUGAAAUUCGUUCUAACAGAAUGUACAAAGGCGGUUCAGUUUGGGUCUAUGACAAUGUUGUCACCAACUUAGGAAAUGCGUACAAUCCGGCGACGGGGAAGUUUACGGCACCAACAAAGGGCGUCUACCUGUUCAACUGGUACACUCUCAGUGAUCCUGGUAAAAUGUCACAUGCCGGAUUAUACGUAAAUGGGAAAAUAAAAGGAAGACAGGCCUCGAAUAACGGAGGUGGUGGAAGCAAGUGGGUUACGGCUGGUAGCAGCAUCGUCCUGGCACUGAACAAGGGAGAUUUAGUAUAUAUUAUGGAUGCUCACGGGUGGACUUCAACCGUGAGAGGAUCGUGGACAGCCUUUGGUGGUGUACAACUUAGCUGACAUUCAUGAAAAUCAGUUAUUUGAAUGAUUAAAUCUUCAAAUCCUUGUAUAAAAGUUUAUCUGAGU